AUGAUGUACGGAGGCUCCCCUUCCCUUCGGGCAUAUCCUCUCCUCUCGGUGAUCACACGACAGCCCACGGUCAUCUCCCACCUGGUCCCCACCGCCCCUGGAAUUGCCCGGGCGCUCUCCCACCACCCAGCCGCCGAGGCUGCAUCUGCUGAGACCCCAGGCAGUGAGGCUCUAGCCAGCAGCGAGUCGGAGACGGAGCAGCCCAUACCCCGGCAGAAGAAGCCCCGCCGGAGUCGCACCAUCUUCACUGAGCUGCAGCUCAUGGGCCUGGAGAAGAAAUUCCAGAAGCAGAAGUACUUGUCCACCCCAGACAGGUUGGACUUGGCCCAGUCUCUGGGACUCACUCAGCUGCAGGUGAAGACUUGGUAUCAGAAUCGCAGGAUGAAAUGGAAGAAAAUGGUUCUUAAAGGUGGACAGGAAGCACCCACAAAACCCAAAGGUCGUCCCAAGAAGAACUCCAUCCCCACGUCAGAGGAGAUUGAGGCUGAAGAGAAGAUGAACAACCAGGCCCAGGGCCAGGAGUGCCUGGAGCCCUCCCAGGGACAGGAGGAGCUCUGUGAAGCCCAGGAACCCAAACUGCGCACUGUCCCGUUAGAGAUGGCAGAGCCACCAGGCCAGCCCCAGGAGUUACCAGCAGCCUCUUCGGAACCCCCCCCAUUAAGCUAA